UGUCAUGUUUUGUAUUUGAAGAAACGUUAAAGAAAGAAUACAGUUGCUUCCCACGAUGGAUCGGGACAGAGCUAGUCCCUCCACCAUGCCGGAGUCCCCAGGUUGCAACUCUCCUGGUAGCACCUUACUGCUGGAUCUGAAGAGGGUGUCUGUGCGACUGGUCGACUGCAGGAAAACACCAGGGCAGAGUGGAACUGUGAGAGAAGGACACGAGGAGGGAGAUUUGAUUYCAUCAAGGAACACCCCUAACCAUCGUUCUCUUAGUGGGAGGGGCUUAUCGUCUGGGGAGCCUCAAAAACAUGUUGCUGACAAGACAGAGAAGAAUGUCAACAGAUCAGAACAUCUCAAGAAACACCAGCAGRGACGUAYAGGGAAGAAACCUCACCACUGCUGCUCUGACUGUGGGAAGAGUUUCACAAGCCAGAGUGGCUUCAUUAUUCACUGUGAUCAGUGUGGGAAGAAUUUUGCUGCAUCURACACCUUCAAAUCUAAUGUAAGAAUUCAUACAGGGGAGAAGCCUUACCUCUGUCUUGAUUGUGGGAAAAGCUUUGUUAGUGCAGGAGCCUUAACCAUACACCAGCGUGUACACACUGGAGAGAAGCCUUAUAGCUGUGAUCAGUGUGGGAAGAGCUUUGCUGUAGCUUCCACCUUGACUUUACACCAGCGAACACACACUGGAGAGAAGCCUUAUAGCUGUGAUCAGUGUGGAAAGAGCUUCAAUCAGUCAGGCCACCUGACUAAACACCAGCUAAUACACACUGGAGAGAGGCCUUAUAGCUGUGAUCAGUGUUGGAAGAGCUUCAAUCAGUCAGUCAACCUGACAACACACCAACUAACACACACUGGAGAGAAACCUUACAGCUGUGAUCAGUGUGGGAAGAGCUUCAAUCAGUCAGGCAGCCUGACUAUGCACCAGCGAACACACACUGGAGAGAAACCUUAUAGCUGUGAUCAGUGUGGGAAGAGCUUUGCUGUAGCUUCCAGCCUGAUUAGACACCAGGUAAUACACACUGGAGAGAGAACUUAUGUCUGUCUAUGUGGGAAGAGCUUUGCUCUAGCUUCCUACCUAACUACACAUCAGCGAACACACACUGGAGAGARRCCUUAUAGCUGUGRUCAGUGUGGAAAGAGCUUUGCUGUAUYAGGAAAACUAACUAGACACCAGCGAACACACACAGGAGAGAAGCCUUAUAGCUGUGAUCAUUGUUGGAAGAGCUUCAAUCAGUCAGUCAACCUGACAAMACACCAACUAACACACACAGGAGAGAAGCCUUACAGCUGUGAUCAGUGUGGGAAGAGCUUUGCUGCAGCUUCCACCCUGAAUCGACACCAUCGAAUACACACUGGAGAGAAGCCUUACAAGUGUGAUAAUUGUGGAAAGAGCUUCAGUCAAUCAGGGAGCCUGAAUUCACACCAGCGAACACACACUAGAGAGAAACUCUAUGUCUGCCUGUGUAGAAAGAGCUUUACUCAUUUAGGGUAUAUUAGAAAACACCAAAAAGCAAAAAUGUGCCAUAUUUCAUCUCAGUCCUAUCCGACACCGGCACCAGAUCCUAAAUAAGGCUCUAUAGAACAUCCAGUGAACAG